CGGGUAUUCUUGGCGUGACGGAAGUGACGUCACGGCGUCAACAUGUAAGAUGGCGACGCAUCACAGGCAGAAUGCAGCGGGGCGCAGGAAAGUGCAGGUGUCCUAUGUGAUCAGAGACGAGGUGGAGAAAUAUAAUCGUAAUGGAGUCAACGCACUACAGCUGGAUCCAGCUCUUAACCGGCUCUUCACCGCCGGACGAGACUCCAUCAUCAGGAUAUGGAGCGUCAACCAGCACAAGCAGGAUCCGUACAUUGCAUCGAUGGAGCACCACACGGACUGGGUCAAUGACAUCGUCCUGUGCUGCAACGGGAAAACACUGAUCUCGGCGUCCUCGGACACCACAGUGAAGGUCUGGAACGCACACAAGGGCUUCUGCAUGUCAACGCUGCGAACGCACAAGGAUUAUGUGAAGGCGUUGGCGUAUGCUAAAGACAAAGAGCUGGUGGCUUCGGCCGGGCUGGACCGACAGAUCUUCCUCUGGGACGUGAACACACUCACAGCACUGACCGCAUCCAAUAACACUGUCACUAGGUCGCUGAAAAGGACAAAUGCAGAUGUUUCUUCAUCUACAACGUCUUCUCUCAGCGGGAACAAGGACUCCAUCUACAGCUUGGCCAUGAAUCAGAUGGGGACGGUCAUAGUGUCGGGGUCCACUGAAAAGGUUCUGAGAGUGUGGGACCCGCGGACCUGUGCCAAACUAAUGAAACUGAAGGGACAUUCAGACAACGUCAAAUCACUGCUGCUAAACAGAGAUGGAACUCAGUGUCUUUCAGGAAGCUCUGACGGGACGAUCCGGCUGUGGUCUCUGGGUCAGCAGAGGUGUAUCGCCACAUACCGCGUUCAUGAUGAGGGCGUCUGGGCGCUGCAGGUCAACGAGGCCUUCACACACGUUUAUUCCGGGGGUCGCGACCGCAAGAUCUACUGCACAGACCUGCGCAAUCCUGACAUCCGGGUGCUGAUCUGUGAGGAGAAAGCGCCUGUGCUGAAGAUGGAGCUGGACAGGUCAGCUGAUCCGCAUUCGGCCAUCUGGGUUUCCACCACGAAGUCCACGGUUAAUAAAUGGUCUCUGAAGGGAAUCCAUAAUUUCCGAGCGUCUGGAGAUUAUGAUAACGACUGCAGCACGCCGCUGACGCCACUGUACACGCAGCCCGAACAGGUUAUCAAAGGUGGCGCCAGUAUAAUUCAGUGCCACAUUCUGAAUGACAAAAGACACAUUCUGACCAAAGACACCAACAAUAAUGUGGCGUACUGGGAUGUGCUUAAGGCUUGUAAAGUUGAAGACUUGGGGAAGAUGGAGUUUGAUGAAGAGAUCAAGAAAAGGUUCAAGAUGGUUUAUGUGCCGAACUGGUUUUCAGUGGAUCUGAAGACGGGGAUGUUGACGAUAACGCUGGACGAGAGCGACUGUUUUGCGGCCUGGGUUUCUGCUAAAGACGCUGGAUUCUCCAGUCCUGACGGAUCCGACCCUAAACUGAAUCUGGGCGGCCUUCUGCUUCAGGCUCUGCUGGAGUACUGGCCUCGCACACACGUCAACCCCAUGGACGAGGAGAGCGAGCUGAAUCAUGGGAGCGUGAACGGUGAACACGAGAGCCGGAUACAGAAAGGAAACGGAUACUUUCAGGUGCCGCCACACACUCCGGUGAUCUUCGGGGAAGCAGGAGGAAGGACAUUAUUCAGGCUGUUGUGUCGAGACUCCGGUGGAGAAACUGAGUCCAUGUUACUCAACGAGACGGUCCCACAGUGGGUCAUCGACAUCACAGUGGACAAAAACAUGCCCAAAUUCAACAAAAUCCCAUUCUACCUCCAACCACAUUCAUCGUCCGGAGCAAAGACGUUAAAGAAGGAUCGGUUGUCGGCCAGUGACAUGUUACAGGUGAGGAAGGUGAUGGAACAUGUGUAUGAGAAGAUCAUUAACCUGGACAGCGAGUCUCAGACGGGCGGUUCGACCGGAGAGAAGCCUAGCGAACAGAAGGAGGAGGAGGACAUGGCGGUGCUAGCGGAGGAGAAGAUCGAGCUGCUCUGUCAGGACCAGGUUCUGGACCCCAACAUGGACCUGCGGACGGUGAAGCACUUCAUCUGGAAGAGCGGCGGCGACCUGACGCUUCAUUACCGGCAGAAAUCCACGUGAAACUCGCAUCGGAUCCAUCACUCCCAACACUUCACAUUCAAAGCACACGCUCACCUGCACUUCCUGGUUCUGUCUGACGUCUAGAUCAUCAGGCCGUCUGCGUCACACACGUUUAUCCCAGUGGAAACGAGCAGGAGGUCUGUGGAGAAACGCUCAAAGACGUGACAUGGAGUUUGAGUUCACCUGUUUGUUCACCCGUUAGGUUUAAUUCGUUUCUCUUGACGGAUGCCAUAUUGAACAUGUCCGAGUUGCUUUGGUUUUGUUAUUACCGCCCCUCUUCUCAUUUAACAUUCCAGUGAUGUUUGUUGCCAAUGACGUCAUCGGAUCCCUCUCGCGGCGUGACCGGAAAACCAAGUCUGAGCUGAGGAUUGCGUCUGGACCGGCUCUAAAACAAUCACAACGUUUGAUAAAACUCCCAUGAUGCAUCUCUCUCACUAACAUGCUGUGAUCAUCAAUGCAUCCAUUUUUGUACAUAUAUUGUAAUUAUUUUGUAGUCAACUUGAACUUGAGUUGGAGAUUAGGAGGUUUUUAUUUACUUUUUCUUUUUUAAGAAAACGUAUGUUAUCUUCAAAAAGGUGCUUUUCGUGUAAAAUAUGACGACAGAAGUGCAGAGAGAGGAAAUACUCGUAACAUUGUAAGUGGAAAUAGUUUUUUUUAAAAGGAAUAAUUCUUCCAAAAUGGAAAAUUCUUAUGCAUUUGUUGAAUUUCUUAAUAAUUUAAUGUAUGCUGCUGUUAUCUAGAAAAGAGCUGCAUGAAGAUUCUUCAAAAAUAACGGCAUAUCCGUUUAAAACCAAAUGACGAUUUUCAUUUUUGGAUGAAUUAUUCUUUGAUACGACUGUUUGCUGAAAAUAUACAAAAAUAAAUGAAUAUAUAUAUAUAAUAUAAAAAGCUAUGAGCAUUGAAGGAUGACAUCACUAGAUGGCAGCCUUCGUUCAUGUUUUUAAUUUAUGCAAAACUAAAACUGUUCUGCAAACGUUUGUCAAUCAUACAAAGUUUUGCACAGUGUUCUAGCAAAAUGUACAUAUUUGGUCUUAAAGACAAAUAGGAUGAUAAUUAUAGAAACUAAAUCGAGAGGCAAAACUGAGACGUCUCUCUGAAAGGUUUUAACAUGCGCCUACACCCCCUGUAUUUAUGCUUCCUGUGUUCAUUGUAAUCAUAUGCAGUAUAUUUUGGGUAAAUAACAGCUUAAUAAAUGAACCAAUAAUGAAUGAGUUGAAAUGCGAUCCUCCUGAUGUUCACCUUUUACUACUGAUCAUCUGGUUAUUAAAGAACUGAAACGAUUGUAUUAA